CCCCUCUUUGCUGCAGCCAACCCCCUCCAGGUGACGCGCUCAACGCUAUGCCAUGUGGAGCUUGGCUCCCAUCACGUCCUCGCCUUCAAGAGGCCAUUUCGUUUGUGCGCUCGAGCAUGCGAACUGCAAACAAAAACACGCGUUGGAAUGGGAACAGCUCAGUACAACAUACAUCCAGCAGUGGGGAUUAGCUGGAACAUGAGAGAAGGCCCAUGAAGCAGGGGAUCUACAAGAUUGACUGCACGGCGCACGCACGCGCGCACGACACUUUAUCACCACCAGGGCGACCGUUACCGACUCUCACACUCCCCAUCUGUCCCUCCCCACAUCCCUCCCAUCAACAGUCGCCAUUCAAGUUCAUCACGACGUCGCCUCUCAGUGACAUUGUCCCAACUCAGCCAUGCCACAACCAACACCCUGAUGUGGUAUUUGGAGCCCAUCCAAACCCACAGACCCAGUCCGUCCCAACACAGGCAAGUCUCUCACAAGCAACCAGUUUGCUACACCCAUCUCCAGCUGUCCCCUUCCGUCGUCGCAACUGGCACCCACAUUGCCGCCCCUUCAAAAACCAACACCCAAAACUACCUCACCAUCCCACCACGCGCCAUUCCCGCCUUGCACUCCAACCUCUCCGCGCGGUCCUCCUCCUUCUGCAUGAGUCCUGCACUCUCACACGUAUGUUGUGGUGUGCUCACAUAAAUCUUGGGAAAUGGAAGGCUGGGUUUAGUUUUGAAGUUCUCUUUUCCCCCCCCAGUAUACUACCUGUCAUGUAGAUAUUAUUAUCUGCAAUAUCAUGUGCAUUUCAUGAA